CUCGUAUCUAAUAGGUCAGAGGUCACUUCCGCCUCGAAGUGUUCACUUUUCGUUUUGUCAGUUGCUGAUGUUUUGGAAAGUUCGCCACCAAACACACACAGAACCGAUUACUCAUGGAUUCGGACGGUUUGCCCCUUGUGGGCACUGGUAUCGAUUAUACAAAGUGUGAAGCCAUUUAUCAAAAGAGAACAUUGGCUUUCCUCAACCAUUUCAUCACACAUACUGUACGGUUUUUGAACAAAUUCUCUGGUGUUUGUGAAGAAAAACUGGAAACAAUGUCUUAUCGUAUUCAAAGGCUUGAAAUCAUGAUGAAUAUUUUAGAAGCAAAGUUAUCCUCCAUCCCUGGCUUAGAAAACGUAGUAGCACCAACGCCAGAGAGUACAUCUUCUCCAUCUACUGUAGCAAAUACUCCUUCGCAACCAACUGAACCUGUACAACAAACAACAAAGGAAGCCACACCAAGUGCUGCAGAUCCAACAACACCAGCAACACCUGCAGCUGCUCCACCAGCAACCCCAGAGGAACCCCAAAAAACUGUUUCUCAAGAUCCAAGAUACAUGAAAUAUUUCAAGAUGUUAUCUGUUGGAGUUCCAGAACCUGCCGUCAAGAUUAAAAUGCAACAGGAAGGGCUGAAUCCAAGCUUAUUAGAUGAUCCAAAGGCUCCAGCUCCCCCUGGUGGAAGUGGUGAUGAUGACGAUUCCAGCAAAGACAAUGAUUCUAGUGAUAGCGAUGACUUCAGUGAUUAAAUUGUCGGGCAGGCGGAAUACACCGACCUUGUGAUAAUUCUGAUCUUUACUGACCCAUGAUAUACCAAAGUAGACGAUGCCUCACCCUCCACAUUGAACUGGUUUGAAAAACAUGCAAGGAUUUGGAGAAAAUGUCACUUUAUUUUUCAUUUUAUUAUUUCUUUGUCGUAUAUGCUAUGCCAUAUAUGGUAAACCUCUUGGCAGUUUCUUAUUGUUAGUAGUAAUAGUAGAAGUAGUAUUAGAGAGUGACUGGUCAAAAUUGGUAGAGCACCACACAAGUUGCUCUCUGGUAUUUAGUUUCAUUCCCUUUAAGACAUCAAAUCCCAUACAGGUUAGUAAAUUCCAGGCAAAUACUGGGGAGUGAAGGUGAGGUCAAUAUAACCCUGUGUUCCUCUCCAAAUAUAUUUGUCUCGCUGCCAAUGUAAAAAACAGCUAUUACCACUACUACUACUACUACUAAAAGCAUUAGAUUGGCAGAAUCAUUAGGGCAUCAGACAAAAUGCUUUGUAAUGCAUAUUCUGGAUCUUUGAUUCUGAGUUCAAAUCCCACAGAGGUCAACUUUGCCUUUCACCCGCCAAGCUUAAGAACUGGGGCUAAUGGUGUUAAACCCUCGCCCUCCUCCAAAUUGUGGCCUCGUCCCACUUAAGAAACCAUCAUUAUUAUUUUCAUCAUUAAGGCAGUGUGCUGGCAGAAUCAUUAGCAUACUAUGCAAAAUGCUUAGUGAUAUUUUGUCUGCUUUUAUUUUAUGUUCUGAGUUCAAAUUCCACCAGGG